AUGGACGGACUAGGCACAAACACGACCCUGCCAGCCGGCCAGGGCUACUUCAGAAUCGUCGAUACCGUAUCCAAGGAGAACCCGACUCUCGGAUACUUCGAGGCUCUCUGGACUGCCUGGUACCUCUACAUGCAGAAUGACACCUACGCGACCGGCAUCAUGAGCCUCGCGCUCCACGAGAUCGUCUACUUCGGCCGCUGUCUCCCCUUCUUCGUCCUCGACUUCUUCCCUUACUUCAACAAGUACAAGAUCCAGCUGGCCAAGAUGCCCACCCUCAAGGAGCAGUGGGACUGCGCCCGCCUCGUCCUCCUCAUCCACUUCACCGCCGAGCUACCCCAGAUCUGGUUCUUCCACCCCAUCGCCACCUACCUCGGCAUGCAGUACGGUGUGCCCUUCCCUCCCGCCUGGAAGAUGGCCCUCCAAAUCGCCAUCUGCUUCGUCAUGGAAGACACCUGGCACUACUGGGCCCAUCGCGCCCUGCACACCCGCUACCUCUACAAGAAGAUCCACAAGCUUCACCACACCUACUCUGCCCCCUUCGGCCUCGCCUCCGAGUACGCCUCGCCCAUCGAGACGGCCAUCCUCGGUCUCGGCGUCGUGGGCUCCCCCGUCGUGCAGCUCGCCAUCACCGGCGACCUGCACCUCGUCACCAUGUACGUCUGGAUCAUGCUGCGCAUGUGCCAGGCCAUCGACGCCCACAGCGGCUACGACUUCCCCUGGAGCCUGCGCCACUUCCUGCCCGUCUGGGCCGGCGCGGACCACCACGACCUGCACCACGAGAAGUUCAUCGGCAACUACGCCUCCAGCUUCCGCUGGUGGGACUACAUGCUCGACACCGAGGCCGGCAGCGAGGCCUACCAGCGCCGCCGACAGAAGAAGCUCCAGAAGAUCCAGGACCAGAAGAAGGUCGAGUAA